AUGGAAGACCAAAUCAGAAAUAUUUAUGCUACCACAGUAAGGGAAUCUGAAACCCAGCUGUUGGCAGUUGAAAGCGAGCAAGCAGACUCCCGGUGGUCGUUUAGCAACUGCAGAGGUGUGAAGGUUACCACUCUGGCCUUCACAUAUUUCAAGGAUGUAGCUGGUAAUAGCAAUAGAUUGACGCAGCUUGGUUCUUAAGACUUAUACGAAAAGCUAGAGGUUAGGUAAGGACGCACAACGAAGAGCUUGAUGAGACUCGGUGAAACGGUUGGCACUAACACACAAGAGUCGAAAAUGCAAAAUUAGACAGACAAAGGAGAAAAAAAUAAAAUAUUUAAUGCAUAGUAUUUCAUCUACAGAAUAUUAUAUAUCAAUAUUUAAUGUUUUAGUUAUCAGGUUUAAAAUGCAAUAAAGAUCUACCGUUUUAAAAUCUCUAAAUGGAAGACCAAAUCAGAAAUAUUUAUGCUACCACAGUAAGGGAAUCGGAAACCCAGCUGUUGGCAGUUGAAAGCGAGCAAGCAGACUCCCGGUGGUCGUUUAGCAACUGCAGAGGUGUGAAGGUUACCACUCUGGCCUUCACAUAUUUCAAGGAUGUAGCUGGUGAUAGCAAUAGAUUGACGCAGCUUGGUUCUUAUGACUUAUACGAAAAGCUAGAGGUUAGGUUAGGACGCACAACGAAGAGCUUGAUGAGACUCGGUGAAACGGUUGGCACUAACGCACAGGAGUCGAAAAUGCAAUAUUAG